UUCUAUCGUUGUCUUUCGAGGGGUAAUUUAUUGCCAUCUACUGGCCUGACACUGUACUUGGAAACUACGUCAGCACGCACGCUGCCAGGAGAUACGCCCUCGGAUUUGUUUGCUUUUUUUCGAGUCAGCUGAUCGUUGACGUCAAACGUUAUUUCUGUGUUCGAUGUAAAGCAAUCAACAUCGUAGCCACGACACCGAACUUACAGGUUGAGAUAAAAGCUCAGGAAAUAGGAAACGUAAAGUUAUUUACAAGCAGAAGGGAAAUCAAAGCUGUGAAAAGGAAAUAACGGUAACCAUGGCUCCGACAUUGUACGAUGAGAAGCCAGAGCCAGGGGACCUGAUUGAGAUAUUCAGAGGGAAUUUCCAGCACUGGACUUUGUACGUUGGUGACGGUUUUGUCAUUCACCUGGCCCCACCCUCCGAGGUCCCUGGAGCCAGUUCCAACAUCCUGAUGUCUGUGCUCAGUGACAAAGCUAAGGUGAAGAAGGAAGAGAUCUGGGACGUGGUGGGGCAUGAUCGGUGGUGCAUCAACAACCAGCUGGAUCAGGAUUACCAGGUCAGACCCAUCUGUGAGAUACUGAAGGAAGCCCAGGCCUAUGUGGACCAGGAGCUGCCCUUCUGUGUCUUCAAGGGGAACUGUGAGCACUUUGUUACAGAGCUGAGAUAUGGGAAGGCUGAGUCUCGACAGGUUCGGCGGGCUGCGGAAACAGUGGGAAUGGCCGCAAUGGUGGGCUUCGGAGUCCUUGCUGUUGCAGGUGUCGCGGCGGCCAUCUUUGGAGGUGGAAGCAAAAAGAAGAAUAAAGGAGGAGAAUAUAAGUGAGCACCUGUAUGAUAGCUUCCUGAGCAGCCAAUCACCAAUAAGCCUGAUAGAGAUUAAUUAUUCAAUUACAGUACUACUGCCCUCGUCACUUGAAUAAUUCUGUGGUUUUCAGAAGGGAGGAUUGAGUAUUUCCGUACAUCUUUUUUUUUUUACUUUUACAAUUACACAGACGUGAUUUGAAAGCACAAAGGAAACGAGGAACAGUGUCUUGUUAUAAUUCCAAGGUUUAAAGCCUUGAAGGUGUCAUAGCCUUGCAGGCUGCUAGCUGAUUUAACAAAAAAAUUGUCAGUUACUUAUAAGCUAUGAAGUUUCCCUACUAAAGUUUCAACAUAUUUAUGUAGACUGAGAUCUGUUUAUAAUGGGAUAAAAUGGUAUUCCACUGAAGUUCUGAUAUUUCUAUAAUGAAGUCAACUGUCUUUAGGACCCACAGAACUACUCCUGGUUAGGGUCGGAGUGGAUACAUCCAGUGGGCUGUCUUGAGACCCACCUGUUUAGCUAAUAAAAAAAUAAAAAAUAUAUAUAUAUUUAAAAAAUGUGUGCCUGUUUUGCAUGUUAUUUUGGCAUUAAAACGUGUCACAUAUCAGUUUGCAGACAUUGUAAAAAAAAAAAAAAAAAGAA